AUGCCUGCAUUAGAGCUCAUGGUCGACAUUUUGAAAGAACUGGUAGUACAGCCCUGGCGAAGGCUAAAAUGGGGGUUUAUACCUGUUCGAAGGAGGCUUGAAGAGGAUGCUGGGGGUGUAGCAACUACAACCGAAGACGGGUCACUGAAGGAGAGUGGUUUGCAGAAGACAACGAGUCUAGAUACAUUCACUGAAGAAAAAUACGAAUACCGCGAUGAGAGUAAGAGACCGUGGUGGAAAUAUCUUGAUGAGCAAGAAUACCGUGUUACUAAAGCACAUGCAAGCAAAAGGCGCUCUUGGAGCUGGUUUGGUACGGCCACAUCAAAGGCGGAAAAGAAGCUUUUGUUUAAGUUAGACGUUUUAUUGGCUUUUUAUUCUUGUCUAGCAUAUUGGGUGAAGUACCUCGACACUGUGAAUCUCAACAAUGCAUACGUAUCAGGCAUGAAGGAAGAAUUAGGCAUGAGCGGCAACGAUCUGGUCAACACGCAAGCCAUGUUCACAGUUGGUGCAGUUAUAUUUCAGCUGCCAUUUAUAUUCAUUUUGAAUAAGGUGCCCUUGAACUAUGUGCUCCCGGCGCUCGAUCUGGGAUGGUCUGUGCUCACGCUAGGUGCCGCCCAUGUUAAUAAUGUGGGUCAAUUGAAGGCUAUCCGCUUUCUGAUUGGCGUCUUUGAAGCGCCUGCGUAUCUUUCCUAUCAGUACUUGUUUGGAUGUUUUUAUAAGCACGAUGAGAUUGUACGUCGUUCAGCAUUUUAUUAUUUGGGCCAGUAUGCAGGUAUUCUCUCCUCUGGCGGUAUUCAAUCCGCUGUAUCUGCAACGCUGGAUGGAAAAAAUGGAUUGUCAGGGUGGAGAUGGAGCUUCAUUAUUGAUGCAAUAAUUUCCAUAAUUGUUGGUAUCAUAGGAUUCUACAUGCUUCCGGGCGACCCAAAUAAUUGCUACUCAAUAUUCCUGACUGACGAUGAAAUUAGGUUAGCCAGAAGAAGGCUGGAGGAGAGUAAUAUUGACAAAUCUGAUUUUUCCUCUAAGAUCUUUGACAAACAACUCUGGAAGAAUAUCAUGACUGACUGGAAAAUAUAUAUCUUAUCGAUAUGGAAUAUUUUCUGCUGGAAUAAUAACAACGGACCUGCUGGUGCGUACCUUUUAUGGAUGAAGUCAUUAGAAAGAUUUUCUACGCCCAAUCUGAAUCGCUUAUCCAUGAUUACACCUGCUCUAGGCAUGGUGUAUCUUAUUUUGACGAGUCUAAUUGCAGAUUUGGGACAUAGUAGAUUGGCUGCUAUCCUUCUCACACAGGUGUUUAACUUUAUGGGCAAUGUCAUUCUAGCUGUGUGGGACGUCUCUGAGAGCGCAAAAUGGUUUGCUUUUAUGUUGCAAUACUUUGGUUGGGCUAUGGCGCCAGUACUUUAUUCUUGGCAGAAUGACAUAUGUCGGCGAGACGCCAGAGCGAGAGCAGUAAUUUUGGUGGUGAUGAAUACCGUGGCACAAGCAAUGCAGGCAUGGAUUAGCGUGUUAGUUUGGAAGACGUCAGAGGCGCCUAGAUUCCUAAAAGGAUUUACGUUUACUUCCGUGGAUAUAUUUUGCUUGUCCAUGUGGACAUUCGUUGUUUUAUGGUUCUAUAAACGCGAUGAGAGGAUGCAUUGUCGGGAAAAUAACGUAAUAAUAGUCAAUCCUAAGAAAGACGAAGGCAAACCCCCCGUGUAA